AUGGGGAAGCGAUUCUGGCGAGCGGCCCGGCAAUUCGGGUUGGAGAAGGGCAUGCCGAAGCCCAAGACCCCUGAGGAUUGGAAUCGGCUUUAUCUGAAGCAUCAGGUAUAUUUGCACGGCAUCAAAAGUCUCGAGCUGCAGAUGGUCAAGACGGGUGCUGGCAAGACGGGGGCGAGACACUUCCACUACUGGAAGGUGCCUCCGAUCCGCUGGUGGAAUCCCGACGUCAACAUUCACGAGCAGAAGCUGCUUGCCGGUGAGUCCAAACUCAUCAUCGAGAAAGUGGACGGCAAGAAGAUCGAAUUGGUCGUGGACGGCAUGAAGGACGAGGAGAUCUACAACGCGCUGCUCUCACAUUCUGAUGCCGCUCCCGUUGCCAGCAAGGAGGCGAGUGUGCAGUAG